AUGCAAAUCUUUGUGAAAACAUUGACCGGAAAAAGUAUCACCAUUGAGGUGGAGAGUUGUGAUACCAUACAAAAAGUGAAAUCUAAGAUCCAAGAUAAGAAAGGUAUUCGAGCCGAUCAGCAAAGGCUUAUCUUUGCUGGAAAACAAUUGGAAGAUAGUCGCAUCCUUGCCGAUUACAACAUCCAGAAGGAAUCCACUCUUCACCUUGUGCUCCGAUUGAGAGGUGGAAUGCAGAUCUUUGUUAAGAACUUGGCAGGGAAGACCAUCACUCUUGAGGUUGAACCCUCGGAUACUAUUGAUACUGUCAAAGCUAUGAUUCAGCUUAAGAGUGUCAUUAGACCAGACCAACAAAGGAUUAUAUUUGCAGGGAAACAACUUGAAGAUGGAAGGACCCUGGCUGAUUAUAACGUCCAGAAGGAAUCCACUCUACAUCUGGCUCUGAGGCUUAGUGGGGGUAUGCAAAUUCUAGGUUGA